UGGAGAGUGAAGAUCUGAGAGGCUGUGAUUGUCCAGCUCCUUCUCCCCUUUUCCAAAGCUCCUCCUUGGAAACUUUGAACCUGAUGUCAGAUCUUCUCUUCUCCCUACCUCCUUAGCUUUCUCCAUCCAUGGCCUAGGACUUGAUGCCUGAAGUGGGGAAAAAUAUCCUAAGAUCCUUGGGUCACUGCUGUGAGAGGGGCCAGGAUUAGGGAGCCUGCUGUUGGUGAGGCAGGGAUUGCAGGGAGCAUCCUCAGUAGGGACCAGCAGGUCAGGCCAGUCCAGAGACCUGUCUCCAGAGGGGAAGAAAGAUGAAACACAUAAGUCUCAGCCCAUAAGUCACAUGGGCUGAAAUUCUGGACCUGGAAGCUGGAGGAGGAUAAGGAGCAAAGGACUUGAAGGACUGGUGGGGAAAACGUGGAAUUAGUCAAGAAACUUGGCCCCAUUUAGAGAAUGGAAUCUAGCAAUGGGUAGGGGUGAAGGGUAGAAUCUGACAGCAAAUUGAUGUUAACUAGAAAUUCAGGCAGGGAUGUUUAGGUUUUUUAGGGUCCAGGGAGUUCAGAUGUUUAAAGGAGAGACCAUUGGCAGUACUUGUGACCAUAAAGAUAACAGUGAGCAGACAGUUAAUAAAUUGUGUGAUAACCCCAGAAAUACCUGGGGUAUAAACAUGUAGCACACAUUUUUGAAGCCAAAGGGGUUGUUCAAAUUUUGUGGAGGAAAGGAAUUAGUUGUAGGUGUUCUGGAAAGCUGUAAGUAAAUAGCUAGGUUCCCUUCAGGGAUAGGAUGGAGGCAGUGACUAAGGGAUCCCACACAGCUUGGAAGUGCAAAGCCCAAGAUGGAGACUUGCUCCUUGGAGGGAGUUGGAAACAAAGAUCAGGGUAGAGGACACACCCCUUAACCCUGAAGACCCAAGGAAUUAACCAGUGAGUCUACCAGAUUUACCCACCACCACAUAUACCCUUUGCCUGUUUCUCUUGUCUGCCCACCAUCUCUGCCCUCUGGGGGUGAGGCUCCAGGGCAAGGCAGGUGCUGUUUUGUAGCCCUGUGCUCAAGCCAUCAGUUCCUACUGGACUUCUGCUGGGGCCACAGUUUUACACCAUGAUGGGACACAAUGCCCCAAACUAGUCCCCUCAGCCAAUAAGUGGUGAGUGUGGGCCCAGAAGGCCAAUGCCAAUGUGCAUUUGAUGCUCCAAUUUGGUUGAGCGCCCAUGCGGCCCCUGGCAGCCUGAUGGUCUGGCCAAGGAUAUAGAUGGGAUGGUGCCUUGCAAGUCCCUGGCCAGAGUUGGCGAGAUGGGGGCCUGGUUCCAGAGCCCCUCAGAAGGCACCUUCCAUGGACCCCACAUCAUCCUGCGGUGCUUCCCGAGGUUGGAGCUGCCCGAGGACUCGGCCAUAGAGAAAGAGAUGGAGCAGCUGGCCAAGGAGCUGAGCCAGAGGAGGAUGACCCUUGGGUACUUGCAGGUGAAAGUGGGGUUUGCUCUGGACGCUCUUUUUGGAAAGGUGCUUAGCCAGAAGACCAUCUCCCUCUUCAAGGCCCAGCAGUUCAGCCUUGCCAACAUGUGGAAGCUGCAGCCAAUGCUGAAAAUGUGACUGGAGCAACUGGACACCAUGAGCCUUUUGGGCUUAUGCAGAAUGGACAUGAUCCUGCAGCAGGCCUGACAGUGGAGACAAGCAACCAGGGAAAGGCACCUUGGAAACAACCUAUAGAAACUAUUCCUGCUGUGGCCCAAGCUCACACCCCAGCAAAUCAGUUGCAUUGCUAGACAGCUCUGGCUACCCAAGAACUUGGUCCAAGUUUUGUUUCAUAACCAAAGCAAGAUGGGAAGUCUGCCAACUAAUGAUUUCUCCCCACCACAGCAGGUGGGGUGCCAGGCUCCUUUCCCAGGGGGAUCAUUGUGCCUUCCCCUAGCAUCGGGGCUUCCUUCCAGCACCCCCCAACUAGAGGGAACCUUACUUUAUAACCUUGCAUUCCUCAUCCCCUUUCCUGAGGGAGGAACCCCUGUCUCUGCCCUAGAUACCACUGAGGUUCUCCCGAGGCUUUCCAACUCAGGGGCCUGCCCCUCUGGGAGAGCUAAGCUGGGGAAACUGAUCUCUGGGGUUCACAUCAGCCUUUAGGUUUAAGGUCUCCAUUCACUGUCUAAAGAAGUUAAGAAUACACGUGUAGCAGAUGAGAUGAGGGUAAUUGAAGAAAACUUAGGAAGUUGAAGUUUAUUGCUGCUUGUGUUUUUCCUUUUGUUUUUACCUAACAUUGGUUUUAAAGUACAAUACAUAGGUGGUUUUGGAUAUUUCAUUUCUUGUUUUAUUAAUUUAAAAAAAUCCUAUUUCAUAAAGAAAAAACAUGGGUGAUUUUGAGGGGCCCAUGAUUUGGAAGUUAAUAGAUCCCUACAGUUCUUGGUGAAAGCUAAAACACGACAUUGCCGCUGCAGGAAGUGGUGACAUCCCAAAUGGAGCAAACGUGUCACUUUCUAGAGGACUGCACAAAGAUGAUGUCGCAAAUUUGAGAAAUAGUUCUGUUUUCUUUUUCUGUUUUUUAGCUUCUAUGGAAUUUGGCCAUGUUGGUUUUAUAAUUGUAAUAAAUUUUUACUUUAAAAAUAAAAAACAGCAAAAUAGAACCAGAGACAUGGAAAUAAAGAACAAACUGACAG